GCUACAUUAAUGUAUUAUUACUAUAUUAAUAAUAUAACUGAGAAGUGAGAGAGCAGAAUAUAAACACUCGCAUUCGUACUGUUGGCUGCCGCGUAACAUGCCGCUCCUUUGACUUCCGCGCGAAAGAUCGCCACCGACGGGAGAAAUAAAAGUUCUGAACUUAAUAUUAAAAGCGUGUUCGGCCAUAUUCAUAGUUGUUUGAUUCAAACACUCGAAAAUACUUCUAAGCCGGGAGACGCAGGCGACGGACGACCUUCCUUGCAAGUCGUGCGGUAAAAUACGCGUCGCUUGGGAGUAGCGUCGUUUGUCUUUCCGUUACGUCAUCUAGGAAUUGCUUCGUGUGCAGACCGCCUUAAGUAUUACUAAUGUUAGUGUUAUUAUUAUUAUCAACUAUCACUGUAAAACCGUGCUACGUAUACUUAUGUUGUAUCUUAUAAUGUAAUUACUCAUCGUUGUAACUAUAUUCAUCUAUGUUAAAAACGUCAACUUUAUGUAUAUUGCUAAUAUCUGUAUAUGUAGUUGGCCAAAUAGCAAAUAGCUAUCCACUAUCCACCUGGGGAAAGUAGGGAUGUUUCGAUUUUCACAAAAAAAAAAAAAAAAAAAAUGCAAAUUUCUUAUCUCUUGUCUGAUAAGAUUAUAAAACUUGUUUUUUUUCUAAAAGUUAAAAUUUUCAUUAUAUAUAAAUAAAUGUGUAUUGUUUAAUGUUUAUAUUAAGGUGGAUUAAUCCACUUUGAUUAAUAUUGAAUAUAUUAUCACUUACAUUUUUAUCGUGAUUGAAAAUUAUUUACAUAUUUUUAAUUUUUUUAUAUAUAUAUAUAUAUAUAUAGGUAUAUAUUAUUUUAAUUUUAUGGGUAUGUUUUUUUAUUAUUAUAAUAAACUAGUUCUCAUUAAAAGAAAUUAUCAUAAAUGAUUUCAAGACAUCUAUUAGUCAUUUCUAUUGUGGCGUUAUUCAUUGCAAUAAAGUUUGUAUCUUAUCAUAAAAAUGCCGAAAAAAAAUUACUUCAUAGGUUUGAGCAUAAUAUAAAUCAUUCAUUGUGUACAUUAUCAUUAUGUCUAGGACUUGAUACUUCUUGUUAUAUGCUUGAUUUCCGGUUAGAUUACAAAAGGCAUGCAAAUAUGCGUCUACAAACUGAUUAUUUAUCUACAUUCAUCUUAAUGAUAAAGACUUUGUUUAAUUUCUGGUCCGUCCAACCAAAUGAAAACAUAUUUUUCGGCACUUUAAAAUUAGAAAAUGGGACUGUUAUAGAUACUGUUGCUAAAAGCCCAUCUCAUCAUUAUUUUGAAAUAUUUGAACAAUUGGUUAACAUAUCAUUAAUUGAUACAAUUGUUAAUACCAAUCAAUGGCAUUUAUUGCCAUAUACAGAAGAAGUUCGAAGAUUAAUACUAUGUUCAAAAGAUGAAAAACAAUCACAUUCAUUACUACAUAGAUUCUUUAAUUCAGUUAAUAACAACAGUAAUUAUCAAUCACGGAUUGAAACAUGGACUGCGGCACAUCUGAGUGUAGAAUUAUUAGUUAUGAAAGCAAGUAAAUUAUUAAACAUUUAUUACAGAUACAAAAUUCCAAACAUUCAUUACACUUGUUAUAUGUUGUUAGAUACUGAAUGGAUACAAAUACAUACCACAUUUAUAUAUGACUUGUGGUCGAGUUUAUUUUGUUGAAAACUGUGGUUAUACUUUACAGUAUCACCUCAAAGAGAUGAAUUUAUCUAAUAGACUACUUGUAGCCAAAGAGUUACUCAAUUUAGCAUUGGAGCUAACAGAUGGUACAGCACAUUCUAAUUAUUCAUUUUACCUCACUGAUUUAACAGCGGAUAACAUAGCCAUUCAAAUAGAUCCUACCUCAAGAUCAUUUCUAUCACUUAAAGUUAUUGACUGGGGUGACGUAAUUAUUGUUAACAAUGAUCCCAUGAAGACCAAAGAUAAUUGUAAGUAGGUAUAUUUUACAAAUAAAUUCAAUAUUACAUUCAAUUGGUAUUUUAAUGCAUAAUAAAUUAUUUUGAAUUAGGUAAUUACUUAUCUAUAUUAAUUUGUAAUUUGUCUGUUACAAGUUGUGAUACAUGUAAGUGAAAACAUUGAUUGUGGAUCGGGAUGCUUAACUUUUUCUGAAGAAGAAAUAUGCAAAGCAAGUUCAAGUGACCACAAUGUUUUUGCUGUUUGUAAAGUUAGUAUAAAGUUUAAAAAUAUAACAUUUUUAAAGAAAAUGAAUGUGUAUAAACCUAAAUAUUUGUGGUAAAAAAUAUAACAUUAUUAAUACCAGUGUCAACAAAUAAAAACUAUUUUAUAAAAUAAUCUACUUUAACAAAAUUGGAGGGAUGGAAGUUAGUCACUUAAAGUCAUUUAUUAAGUAUUCUCAUACAAUUUUUUAAAAAAUUAAUUAUUAUAUUGAUAUCUGUGAGGAGAUCUUGGUAUCCUAUAUUGUUAUAUUUUGCUGUGAUGAUAAAAAAAUUCAAAGUCUUAUAUAAGUUUAAACUAAUACUAACAAAGACUGGCAUAUUUUUAAACAAUUGUUUUAGUUAUAAUGAUAAUUUAUCUUUAAAUUAUCAUUGAAUUCUUUAAUAAAUAUAUAAAAAAAAAAUUAUAUAUAGAGUAUUAUAUAAUGUAUAAUAAUAAGUAUCAUAAUAUAAUUUAUGUAUAAAAUGUGAGUCACGGUUUACAUUUUGACUCUGUGAUAUACUUGAUGAUGAAUUUUUAAUUCGAAAACCGUAUAAUACAUAUAUCAUAGUUUAUUUAUUUAUUUAUAUAUUCACAUAUUUAUUUAUGAGUAUUGACCAUUUUAAUCAUUUUAUUUUUUACUUUAAUAUUUUAUUAUCUUUAAUAAAGCCUGGUUGUUAACUUAUCAUACCAUUAUACUAAUCCUAAUCUAUCAUAAUAUUAUAAUUAUUAUCUACUAUUAGUAACUACUACUAAUGAUGCUAAAUAAGUAUAUUUUUUGUUAAUGUAAGCCAGUUGCGCACACAUAGGGGGGGGGGUUAGGAAAUCUUAACCCUUCUGAAAUGUCUUUCUUCACUACAUCACUACAUUUUUUAAAUCAAAUAUUUCAUUCAACAACAUAAUAUCGCAUAUCACAGAAUAAAAUAAAACUUAAUUUCAUCAAAAAUAAUUUAUUCAGUAAUAAUAGUAACUAGGUACUAGUAGUAGUACUACCAAUAGGUAUUAAGUACUGCACCGAUAAUAAGUGCUGUGCUCUCUUGGAAAUUAUUAUAAACAAAACUCCUCCUGAAAAAAAAUCCUGCCACUGAUGUAAGUCACUUAUUUUUGUAUGAAAGUCUCUCUUUAGUCACAUUUUAGUCACUUUUCUCACUUAUUUUCAAACCAUUGACUACUUCUGUCCCUGCAAUUAUUAUAAACACCUACUUUUAUUUAUUAUUUAUAUAAUUUACUUGUUUAGGAAUUUUUUAGUGCUGAUGGUUGUUUAUUACAUGAAUUAAUAUAUCGCAAAACUUCAAAAAAGGAACGGGAAGAAAUCAGAUACUUUAAAUCAUUAGUAAAGCAUUGUUUAUUACUUUCAGAACAUGAACAUUUAUACAAAAAUAGAUUAGACACUGCACAACUUUUAAUUUCAUCAAUUCAACAAAUUUUUGAACAAGGUCUAUACAAUGAUAAAAGUGAUAUAAUUUAAUAAUGUCUAAUAAAGAAAAGAAUUAAUCUAAUAUCAAAAUUAUAAUUUUUUGUUAUCCUUGGUAUUGCUUUUUGAACAUUCAUUUUGUUAAAUAAUUUUUACUAUACGUGUUUGAUAGUUUAAAAUAUUACUUAAGAUAAAAAUUGUACAUAUGAAUUAGUUUAUUUAUUAUAUUAUUAAUAAUAUACAGUUGAAAUAAACAAAUGUCAAAUUAAUAUUAUAGUUCGAUGUUCUGGUAAAAAAAUUACUAUUUAUUUUUAUUAAAAUGUAUAGUUUGUACUCUUAUAACUAAUAACUAAAAAGUAUUAAAGUACUUUGCUAUAUUAUAAAUGUUAUUCUUAUCAUUGAAGUUUGUCAUCUAUCUACAAGUUAUUGAAGUAACAGUCUGCUGUAGUUUGUGUGCGGUAUUACUCUAUAGUGUACGGUUACAAGAUUUAUUUCCUAUAGAGAAGAUUUACCUUGUGUGUAUGGAUUAAGGCUCUAUUCCACUAUGGACGUAUUACAUACAUUGUUAGUGUUUUUUGUGGAUUCAGGAAUUUCUGUGUAGUCUAAUAACUAAUUAUAUGUUUAAUAUUGAUAGUAUUUCUGAAAAAUACUUAUAUUAUUAUUUAGCCAAUAUAAAUAUUAGGUUAU